UAAUAACGACCAGAGCAGGUUAUGUGUAGCAAGAAACUCACUGCUUUCAAAUUCAGGCCAGGUUUCUCCACUAUCUCGUUUCCCAUCCAUACCCGUCAGAAACAUCCACCAACUUCAAUCCUAUGCACAGACAAAGAAUCCACAAACGAUGGGAUACAAUUCCUCUCCUACCACCCAAACCCCGAAAUUUUUGUUUUUCCCCAAAAGGGUUCUCAGAAAUUACCAGUUUGAUCACUGGGAGAGCAUUACAUGCACAUUAUGUUAAGGAUUCAACCCUUCUCAGCCUCAUCAACUCAAACACCUUGAUUAAUAUGUAUUCGAAACUGGGGAGGGUAGAUGCUGCUCGUUCUGUGUUCGAUCAAAUGCCUCGAAGAAAUGAAGCUUCAUGGAAUACUAUGAUUUCAGGUUAUGUAAGACAGGGUUUACAUCAGGAAGCAAUUGGAUUAUUCUGCGAAAUGCAGGACGACGAAAACAUUGUUAUAAAUGGAUUUGUGCUUUCCAGUCUGAUAACUGCUUGCAAUAAGUCAACAUCGAUGGUCUGUCAAGGAAUUCAAGUCCAUGGUUUUGUAAUAAAAAUUGGUUUCUUGCAUGAUGUGUUUGUGGGUACAUCACUUCUGCACUUUUAUGGUACAUAUGGUUUUACUUCUAAAGCUCAGAGGAUUUUUGAGGAGAUGCCUGAGCGGAAUGUAGUUUCUUGGACUUCCUUGAUGGUGGCUUAUUUGAACAAUGGAGAUCCAGAGAAUACUGUGCAGCUUUACCAGAAAAUGAGGCGUGACGGAGUCAGUUGCAAUCAGAACUCUUUCACGACGCUAAUUAGCUCAUGUGGGUUGAUUGAGGAUGAAUUGUUGGGCCUUCAGGUUCUUGCGCAUGUUGUAGUUUCUGGAUUGGAGUCUAAUGUGUCUGUGGCAAACUCUCUUAUAUACAUGUUUGGUAGUUUUGGAUGUGUGGAGGAUGCAUGCUAUGUCUUUGAUCAGAUGGAAGAACGUGAUAUAAUAUCAUGGAAUUCGAUGAUAUCUGCUUAUUCCCAGAAUGGAUUUUGUGAGGAAUCACUUAGAUGUUUCCAACAGAUGCAGCAUGCUAAUGUGAAACCCAAUUCUACUACGGUAUCCAGUUUGAUUUCAGCUUGUAGUUCUUUUGAUUAUCUGAGUUGGGGAAAAGGAAUUCAUGGUGUCAUUGUUAAACUUGGAAUAGAUUCAAUUGUUUGUGUCUGCAAUACUCUUGUUGCUUUAUACACCGAGUCUGGAAGACCUAAAGAUGCUGAGCUGUUGUUCUUAGAGAUGCCUGAAAGGGAUUUGAUUUCAUGGAAUUCAAUGAUGGCUUGCUAUGCACAAGAAGGGGAGUUCCGAGGUGCCCUGAAUCUCUUGGUAGAAAUGUUUAGGACAGAGAAAAUAAUAAAUCAUGUAACUUUUGCUAGCUCUUUGGCUGCAUGUUCAAGUAUUGAGGCUCUGAUCAUUGGCAAGACUGUUCAUGGGCUUAUAAUCCGAGAGGUACUCCAUGAGAAUUUGCUUGUAGGUAAUGCAUUAGUCACCAUGUAUGGAAAGUGUGGUGCAAUGAGGGUAGCUGAACUGGUAGUCCAGUCAAUGCCCCAGCGGGAUGUAAUCACAUGGAAUGCACUCAUUGGUGGUCAUGCUGAGAAUGAAAAAGCUCAUGAGGCAAUAAAAGCUUUUAACUUGAUGAGAAAAGAUGGCAUGUCUGCAAAUUACAUCACCAUGGUAAAUGUUCUGGGUGCUUUGUCAGCCCCUGAUCAUUUAUUGAAUUACGGGAUGCCAUUCCAUGCCCAUAUGGUUAUAACAAGAUUCGAAGCAGAUGAUUAUGUGAAGAAUGCUCUUAUAACAAUGUAUGCCAACUGUGGUGAUCUAGAUUCAAGCAACUUCAUCUUCAGUGGACUGCAGAAUAAAAAUGUUGUUGCAUGGAAUGCAAUGAUUGCUGCAAAUGCACAUCAUGGUCGUCGAGAGGAAGCUCUAAAACUUUUUGUGGAAAUGCGGCAUGCUGGAUUCGCAUUAGAUCAAUUCAGCUUCUCCGGAGGCCUUUCUGCUAGUGCUAACUUAGCAUUAUUGGAGGAAGGCCAACAACUUCAUGACCUGGUCAUUAAACUUGGGUUUGAAUCAAAUCUCCAUGUUGCAAAUGCAGCAAUGGAUAUGUAUGGAAAAUGUGGGGAGAUGGACGAUCUACUGAAAAUACUUCCCAAAUCAAGCAACCGAUCACGAUUAUCAUGGAACAUAUUAAUAUCGGGUUUUGCCAGACAUGGACAUUUCGAGAAAGCCAGAGAAGCUUUCCAUGAAAUGCUACAAUGGGGACCAGAUCCGGACCAUGUUACUUUUGUUGCACUUCUCGCUGCAUGCAGUCAUGGUGGUCUAGUAGACGAAGGACUGGCUUACUUUGCUUCAAUGACUUCAGAAUUUGGGGUCCUGCCUGGGAUAGAGCAUUGUGUAUGUAUAAUUGAUCUCCUUGGUCGAUCAGGGAGGCUUCUUGAUGCUGAAAGGUUUAUUAAGGAAAUGCCAGUGCCACCCAACGACCUUGUUUGGCGGAGUCUGUUAGCUGCAUGUAGAACCCAUCGUAAUUUGGAGCUUGGGAGAAUAGCUGCUGAAAACCUUCUCAAGUUGAACCCAUCAGAUGACUCAGCUUAUGUUCUUCUGUCUAAUGUCUGUGCAAUCAGUGGGAGGUGGGAUGAUGUAGAGAAUGUCAGAAGGCAAAUGAAAGUGUAUAAUAUCAAGAAGAAACCUGCUUGCAGUUGGGUAAAGGUGAAAGACAAGGUGUGUUCAUUUGGGAUUGGAGACCGAUCUCACCCACAGGCCAGGCAGAUUUAUGCCAAGUUGAAGGAGAUUUUGAAUAUGAUCAAAGAAGCAGGUUAUGUCCCUGAUACAAGCUUUGCAUUGCAUGACACAGACGAAGAACAGAAGGAGCACAAUCUUUGGAACCACAGUGAGAAGCUAGCCCUUGCAUUUGGUUUGAUUAAUACGCCAGCAUGUUUGCCAAUCAGAGUUUUCAAGAAUCUACGUGUUUGUGGUGAUUGUCAUUCUGUUUACAAGUUUGUUAGUGGAGCAGUCAAGCGGGAUAUUAUUCUGCGAGAUCCUUAUCGGUUUCACCAUUUCAAUGGAGGCAAAUGUUCUUGUUGUGAUUAUUGGUAGUCAAGCUACUGAGCUCAAACAAGAGUUCUAUUGACUGGAUCUCAGUCAGUCAAUGUCCCAUAAGGAGUUCUGUC